AGUGUCGGUCAAUUACUAUAAGGAAAAGGAAGUUUUUCUUUUGACACAGUCUAGUUAUUUUAAGAAUCGAUGUCAUAUUUAAUAAAUUAUUGUUCCAUGUACAAUCUCAACUUUUAGACAAUCUUAUCUUUCUGUUUGCAAAGAGAUUUCUGGAGUUAAAUUUGUUGCCAUGCCUCAAAUAAGUAGCCAGUUAAAUGGCACCCCAGAUCAGCAGGGCGAUUUUCUAAUUGAUACAAAUUUUAUUGAAAAUACAGCAAAUAAUGAAGGAAACAGUGUGAUCUCAUCAGUUGAUUAUGGCAAAGACAAUGAAAAUGAUCUUCUCAUCAACGAUUUCCAACCCAAAGACAGAUACUUUGCUGUUUACAUUUUGUUCUAUUUACUUGGAAUGGCAACUUUGUUGCCUUGGAACUUCUUUAUUACUGCAAAUGGGUACUGGAUGUACAAACUUAGAGAUUUAAACACAACCUCUUCUGGAAAUGCUUCCCAUCUCUCUCCUUUGCAACUUGGGUUUACAUCCUACUUGUGUGUUACUUCACUGGUCCCUAGUACAGUGGUUCUAGUCCUAAAUGCUUUCAUUGGGCAUAAAUUUUCUUUCAAGAUCCGAAUUGCUGGUGGUCUGUUUGGUGUUGUUUUGCUGUUUACUUUUACAACAGCACUUGUUGAAUUGGAUACAGAUGCAUGGCAGAUGUCAUUCUACUUUGUAACUUUAGUAAGUGCUUUCUUCAUAAAUGUUGUCAGUUCCAUAUUCCAAGGUGGAGUGUGUGGCCUUGCUGGAAAGUUCCCUAGUGGUUACGUCAACGCAGUUAUAAGCGGUCAAGCUCUAGGUGGUAUAUUUGCCGCACUCGCCAAUAUAAUAUCUAUCGCCCUUGGAGCAUCGCCGACUCAGAGUGCCUUCAUAUACUUUUUGGCAGCUGACGUGACUCUCGUUUUAUCGUUCUGUUUGUACAUGGUCCUGUCAUCGACAGAUUUCUUUUUAUUUUACUCGAGUUCUGAAAGAGUGCCCUCUAUUCAAAAUGAUUUCGCAAAAGAAUGUGAUCUCAUGGAAGAGCAAGAAGACGAAGUACUAAUCGUUGACACAAGAAUCUCUUACCGCAGAAUUAUUAUACAGAUUUGGCCAUAUCUCUUCUCUAUCACGCUAGUUUACGUUGUUACUUUGUCACUUUUUCCUGCCGUUAGCGUGUUGAUACGGUCCGCUAGUAGUGGCCACGGUUAUCUUUGGAAUGAUGUUUAUUUUACGCCCGUUGCCUGUUUCCUCCUCAUGAGUGUUGGUGAUUACGUCGGUCGUACAUCAGCUGGGAUUAUACCAACGCCGGCCAACAUCCGGAUGUGGACGUGUGUGCUGUCUGUGUUGCGAUUAGGAUUCAUUCCACUGAUGAUCAUGUGCAACGCUCAACCGCGUCUUCAUCUGCCUGUCUUGAUUUCGAACGAUGCUGGAUUCGUUUUUGUGAUGGCCCUUUUUGCCUUCUCUAACGGAUACCUCAGUGUCAUUCCAUUUGCGCAGGCACCCAAGUGUGUGAUGAGAGAAGAACAAGAAACUGCUUCCUCUUUGAUGGCAGCUGGUCUUGGCAUCGGUUUGGCGGUCGGCGGUGCUCUCAGUAGCGUUAUUGUUCGGAUUUUGUGAUUUUGGCGUGUGUUUUUGUAGUUUUGAGCCCUCGGUAGUUAUACGGCGGUUGGUGGACACCACGACCAGUUCUUUGAACAUAGCCUGCGGCAAAGCACGGGCAUAGCCGUACCCUCCUCUGUCUAAUUAUGACAUUAUGGUCUUUCUUUUCUCUCGUAUAUACUCUCUCAUUCCUUUGUACUGAACUCUGUUCGCCUUUAUUUUUUCAGUAUAAUAGCUCGCCUCUA